CACAGAGAAGCUGUCACAAUUUCACAGUAAUGUAAACAAAAACAUAAUCUUUCGAUUAUUUUCAUCGAUACUUUUUGUUAAACAGAAAAAAUCGCACGUAACUGUCCCUAUUUUUAUUAAUCAGUAUAUCACCAAAAAUAUUCGCAAUCUUUCGGCCGUCAGUGUAAUCACUUGCCAAAUGAAAUGCCGAAAAUGCAACUCUGUGUAGGUAAAAUGUACAAAAACCGAAAAUUUGGUAAAAAUAAAAUUACCCUCAAAGAUACAAAUGCGUCUGGGUCUAGUGAAAACAAAAGGCAUUUAGAUUCAAUAGAUGAAAAUGCAUCGGUCAAAUUCGCACGUACUUCCUUAAAUCUCGGCCAUAGUCAACGGAAGACACAGCCAUCGACAAAGAUUGUUGUUGCAGCUGAGAUUUGUAGUGCUGGUGGCAGUAGCGAAGAAAAUAUACCAGCCUCCCAAGAGGCUACACAGCGUUACUUAUCACAACGUAGCACGAUCGCUUCGUCACUAAGUCGUACACAAUCACGUAACACAAGUGUUCGUCCACCCAAAAGUUACUUUGAAUUGGUACUAAUUAAAUCUGGUGUGCUUUUGGACGAAGCAGACAAUUUUGUUUUAUCUUGCGAUCAUAUUACGUUUGUUAAUAAAUUCCGUGAAGUAUUCAUGAAAUGUGCAAAUUAUAUGGAAAAUGUGGACAUGUUCAAAACAGGUUUAAAUGAUGCAUUGUCGCCGAAAUGUAAAUACAGUUUGAAAUUGUUAAGCGGUUGUACAAUCAAGGUGCCUGACCAUAAUUCUGAAUAUCAAUCACAGGAGAGUAUGAUUUUGAACUUUUUAAUGGUUGACUUUUUACAAGAUGCCGUUGUAGAAGUUUUGCUUCAGAAAAUAACGGAAGCUGCAAGCCAAAGAACACCUUUGUUUCUCGGAAAUGGUACCGUUCCUUUACUACCACUGCUUAUGGUGCAGUUGCGUUAUGUCGCGCAGUCGCAUAGUACUUUAAUAUUCGAGCGAAUCUCAAGCGCAUUUAAAGAUGCCAGUGAAUCAGCUAGACAGGAUAUCAUAGUUAACGCCGAGCUCGUUUUGGACGAAAGCAAACAUGAUGAUUUUGUACAAAUGUUAUUAGAGAAUCUACCCACGAGCAAAGACUUGUUUAACUCCAUUUCAAUUAAAUCCUUGACAAAUCUGAAUUUAGGCCGCAGCAUGCAGUCAGAGCUACGCCAUCGUGUAUUAGAUUAUAUAAAAGAAGAUGGUUUUAAUAACACGGUUUUACCGUUAUUAGUGAAUUUUCUUUUUAAGGCAUUAAAUGAUAGCAGCGAUGAGAAUGUCAUUGAGCUAGUUACAACAACACGUCAAAUUCUGGUAUGGCGUUUGAAUACGCCCAUGGAUUGCCCAACACAGCAAGACCUUUUCACUUUUAUUGAACAGGCCUUUGUGCGUUCCAAGAAGUUCUAUACUACUUGGCAAAAAUUGUUGGCUUCUUUGCCAGGCAGUCAAUUCAGAUCUGUGGAUUUUAUCAUACUUCUACUUCUACUAUAUAUUAAAGAAGAUAAUUAUUUGUUUAUUGCAAAUAUUCUACGUCGACACAUAAAAUUAGAGCAUAUAACUGUGGAUAUAUUUGCUGAAAUGAAGUCUAACUAUGCUGCAAUUUUAGAGCAGCACACGCACACUCUUAUGGAGUUGAUGUAUGAUUUUUUAAGAGAAAAUCAUAAUGUGGUUAGAGGCUUCGCCAUAUCAUCAUUUGGUGUAUUGUUUAAGACUUGUGAGUCUAUUCAACGCACCAUACUCAAGCGGCUGCUGCAGUUAACCUGUGACAAAUCAACGCUUAAAUUAGCAACUCUAUCUUUGGAACUACUUCGAGAAUUACAAAGAAAAUAUCGUCCUGAAAUACAAAAUUGGGGAACUCUCCUGAUGCCUCUUUUAGACCGGCUUAGCGAUUUGUCACUUUCACAAACCCGGUUGGCGAUGGAGGUACUUUGUUCAAUAGCCUAUCCUCCACCACCGCUUUCGGAAUGUACUGUGCUGCAGGACCAGCUAGAUAUGGUUUUGAAAAAGCAAAUAAUAAACCUUGAUAAGUAUGUGAGAAAGCAAGGCAUCAUUGGCGCUGUACAACUUAUCGAUUGUAUGGCGCGUAUUGAGGAUACUAUUAUAGAACAUGACGAUUUCGACACUUCAUAUUCAACCGCUAGUGCGCUGCCUGAUGGACGUGGCAAAACGGCAGCAAAUUUUAUAAUGCUUGUGGAAACGGCCUGUGUGCAUUGUUCGGAAUCCUUAGCACUAUUCUAUGACGAACUUGCAAGUAGCUGCAUGUGUAUGCCCAGCGAACGCGAAACAUCCACACAACUUGACAAACCGUAUUUGAUUUGGUUAUGCGAUGUUAUGACAUUCUAUUUUCAGAAUAAUUUUGUUGCCGAACACUCACCCACCAAACCAUUUGGUAUUGAAUUGACUUACCAGAAAUGCAUUAAUACAAUCGAUGACACAGCUAAUAUGGAGGAAAGUGAGAUACCAUCAAUUGCGAUUAAUAUAGCAGAAUUGGUGCUGAAGCCGGGCUCUGUCUCUUCAUCUUCGAUUGUGGUACUUGCUCCACUCUUCAAUUUAGUGCGUUCAUUGCAUUUGCAACGGUAUCAAGGUAGUUUGGAGCAAAUAAAUGCAUUACUUGGUUGUGCUAUAGUAUUGCCUACGUUUUUCGAUGAGUCCAAUAGCGAUGCAAUAUUCUAUGAUUACGACGAACAAUUGCAAAAACUCAUUUUAGACAUUUAUUUCCAUUGUGUAAACUGGAUGCGCGAAACAGUCAGCUCAUUUUCAACGCAGCAGGAACCGAUGAUACGCUCUAAGGUGCUGCACCGUCUAAGCGAACUAAUUGCGACCGAAGAUAAAUUGCGUUUGUUGUUGGAUAAAGCACCACAUGGUUAUUUACCGCCGCAAGCACAAUUUAUAACUUCGAAUAAGUGGCAUGCAACAGAUAAUUCUGACGCUCGCAGCGGACCUGCUGCAUCAACCAAAGGUGAGCAAGCCAAAGAACAGGAAGACAAAUCUCUAGACUCUGAAUCUAUAGUGUUCAAUGAUACACAUUGCGGCAAUGUAACAAACGCGGGCGAUGUUACCACCAAAUUGGCAAACAUUGGGCGCUCGAAAAGCACAGAACAUAAAAAUAAGUUUGAUGUUCUAUAUAGACCACGUGAAAUAUACAGGCAAAUGGAUUCCGAUAUUAUGUUAAUCCUACGUGAGGAAAUAGUAAUCAAAUACCCAUUACCAAGCGAGGAUAUUGGCAAGCGAAUUGGUUUGCUUGAAUUUCGUUUUAUUUUAUAUGAUUUGGUGUGUAAAUUGGAGUCGAUCAAUAAUGCGCAAAAGCUACAAAUUGAGCUGCCGCUACAACAUGUUGCGAAACCCGAGUAUUUCAUGUCCGAUUUAUCGAAGUUUUUGCAAACCAUUUUACAGAACAUGACAAAGCUUUCGAAAGAGAUCAAUGCACAAUUGGAUCUUGUUAAGCAUGUCUACAGUAAUGGAGACCUCUUUUCCACCGAUUUUAGUUACAUAAAAGUUUGCUUUAAUUUAUGUGUACGCUUGUUGGCAAUGUUCUUCUCCUGGCCGCAAUUCAGUGAUGGUAAUUCUGCGGAUACGCUCUUGAAAGAAUCGUUGCUUGUGCUGUUAGACGAUUCCAAGCGGAAGAGCUUUUAUAAAAAACCAGCUGCUGAUGUUGCCGCCGCGGCUUUCGACACUAUGCUUACAUUUGAAAGCUCUGUAAUUGAUUUGAAAACCGCUGUGUAUUUACACGAUUUGUUGAAAGUUUUAAAACGCUUCUCCAGUAAAUGUACCACCAAUAAGAGCAAUGAACUCGAGCAACGCAAAACAUUGUCUGAAAGGCAUGACAAAGAUAUACGUGCUAUGUGUAAGAAAUUCUUACAAAGGAAGUGGUUUAGUUAUGAAGGUAUUGCGGAGAAGGGUGCCUCAUGCAAUAUAUAUUUGAAUAUUUUGGUAAAAGAGUUUGUUAAGAAUUCCGAUUUCGAUCGUUUACGUAAUAUUUUAUGGGCUUUACUGGAAGAGUCUAAACAACUUAAGGGCAAGGAUAAUGCACUGAAAUCGUUUCCAAAUUUCAAAAAAGCGAAUUUUCCUUUACUGUUUCGAGCGUUGUGUGAGACGACGGUUUCUUAUCUAUGUGAAUCGAUAAACCAGGGCACCAAUCAAAAGUCUGACAAAAUGAAGAUGUGGGAGAAAAGUUGUGAGCUCUUCAAUGUGUUGCUUGACAUUGUAAAAUCGCUGGAGGUGCCAAGAAAUUUUCAAUUAUUUUUAAAGUCUGCCCAUGUAUACUUGAAACUAUUCCUGCAGCAUGGCUUACGUGUGAUCGAUAACUUGUUGCGCGAGGAGCCAGCACGUGUCAGCGAAUUUUUGAAAAAUUUACAAACUGUCACUCGAUUUUUACAUAAUUUAUGCUGCCAUUCCAAGGCGCUUCAAAAUACCGCAAUAGUUGGCCAAAUUCCCGCACUACGUGAAACCGUUGAAACCAUAGUUUUCCGCGUGAAAGCGCUCAUGACAUCUAAUAAAUGUUCUUCAGUAUUUACAAUGGGCAAUUUGAAGAAUAAGGAUCUUCAUGGCGAUGUAAUCUUGUCUGAGAACACACUCGACAGUGGCGCACGAGAACACGAUAGCGAGGAAGACAUACCGGACGAUGAUAGUGUUGACGAAACAGUAUUAGAUGAAGAUGAAUCAGCUACCACCAGCGAGAGUGUAGCCUCUACCAACGUCAAUAAUAAUCGCAGUAAAUCUUCAUCCCGAAGCAAAUGCUUUUGAUCGCAUUAUUGUGAAAUUCGUACGCUUAAUUUUUAUACUCUUGCAACAUGUUGCUAGAGUUAUAUUCUAGUUUCGUUUUCUUUUAGUUUGUUAUAUUAAAUUCGUGCCAUAACGCACACAUACAUACAUAUAUAUGUAUGUAACUAGCGCAUAGCAAUACGCGAAGUAGUUACUAUAUUUAGUAUACAUACAUACAUAUGUACGUAAUAUACUUGGAGUGUUUGUUUUCUGAAGUUACAUCUUAACAGGGGGCAAAUAUCGUAAAUUGCUUUGCAUAUUUUUUUUUUGUAUAAAAAUUUUCUAAAAUCGUCUAAUAUACUCAAUUUUAUGUACGUUUAUGCGUUUUCGUUAAUGGAUAUAGAAACAAUGUUAAUUUAUGUUCUACUCGUUUCGUUUUUUUUAAAACAAUUUUCAACGUUUUGUUUUACGGGUUUAAAAACUGUCUAGAUUUUCAAUUAAUUAAUUGCUACAAGAAAUUAAUGAUUUUAAUUAUUUAAAAUAAAUUUCAAUUUCAUAAACAUUUUCCAUGCUUAUCGCUAGGUUUUGUUGUUGCAAACACAGAAGGUUUAUUUAACUCUUCGCUUUUGCUUAACACCGCCAAGUCGAAUUGAAAUCUGUAGAAAUGUCAUUAAUAUAUAAAUAUCAAAUGCGUUGUUGUUUUUUGUUUUAAUUACUCACAAUGUUUCCCCCGCGCAAUAAAAAUAUUUCGUUUUUUGUUGGUUUCAUGAUCUUGCGAUCUAUUUUUUAUUCCAUUUAUUUAAAACUACUAUAUGUAUUCUUUGUAAACUAUGUUUAAGAUAAUCUUGUUUUCCAUAUAAACUUAAAAAUAUAUAUGUAUAUGUAUUGUAAGAAUUUAAAAUAAUAUAUAUUUAAUUGAUUACAAAAUAUAAA